AUGUUUAGGAGCGGGAUCUGCCCAAGAACGACCUGUGGUGGUACGGAAGGCACGGACUCCGCAAGCGUCCCGCACCCUCUAAGAAAGAAACUCCUCAACCAUCACAAGAUAAAGAAGUAUGACGCUCUGUGUCUGACUCUAUUGGUCAUAGUUCCUUGCUGUUGCGGCCGGUGCUCGUUUGCGCGCGUGUGA